CGGUAACCUUUUGCCUGGCGAUCUUGGUCAUUUUGAUGAUCUUCAUCCUUGUGAUCUUUGUGCUUCUUCUAGGAUUACGAUCUUGACCAACACCCCUCCUCAAUCGUUGCGUGUCGAAGUCCCUAGUCUUCUGGACGACCACGGAAGUCAUAUCUCCUAACUAGUCUUCUAUGGCUACGGUAUACUUUGCUAGAAGCCAAAA